GCUGAAGGCAGCGGCGCGGUUUAUAGGGCGCACGAAAAUGGAUACUGUGAUAUCAAGUGACAUUGAAACUUCUGAGGAGGAGACACAUAUAUAUGGAUGAGACUGCUGAAGUUCUUUCUCUUUGUCCGAUUCGCUAUCCCGUCGCUCGCUUUUGGUUCUGAUUCAAGCUAUUUCUCAUCGCUUUCCCCUUCCUUUGCCUUCCUUCUUACGUUCUUCAGGAUUUGCCGCAUCCGAUUCUUUUGACUCUGGUAAUUGCAUAUUUCUUCAGACGCCGAUCGUUGACCCACCUACGUUCUGAAACCGCAAUACCUGUUUUCCCUGGUCGUUUGUGGGUUAUCUCUGGCUUUAAAGGUUAAUCCAGGUAGCUGAGGAACGGAGGUGCUUUGGCAGGGACUAUGGAGGCCAGCGUAGGACAUUUGCAGCAUUUAUCAAGCCGGAUUGAUUUCGGAACUUUUGUGAGGAAACCGAGUGGUUCGGUCCGAUUUCUUCAGCCAAUUUCUGAUCAGCAGAAGCUUCCAGGGCUGGUUUCGGCUUUUCAGCAACCUUUGAGACUUUCAAAUCGAUGCAGGACGGUCUCUGUUGAAACCUCCUGCUAUCGUGAGAAUAUUUCAGGUUUGACUCUGGAAACUGAAAAUGUCCGUCCCUUCGACAAAGAUCUACUUCUAAAGAAUAAGUCACAGGAGGUCCAGCCCCAUCUAAAUGGACGAUGCAUAUAUCUAGUUGGAAUGAUGGGCUCUGGAAAGACAACCAUAGGCAAGAUUUUAGCAAAAGAAUUGAGUUACACAUUUUCCGACAGCGAUACGUUGGUGGAGCAAGAAGUUGGUGGAACUUCAGUGGCUGAAAUUUUCAAGCUUCAUGGCGAGGUCUUUUUCAGAGAUAAGGAGACUGAGGUAUUGAGAAAACUAUCAUCGAUGCAUGGGUUUGUUAUUUCCACUGGUGGAGGUAUUGUUGUUCGCCCUAUUAACUGGAAAUAUAUGCAGAAUGGGAUUAGCAUCUGGCUAGACGUGCCACUGGAAGCCUUGGCAAAAAGAAUUGCUGCAGUAGGUACUGACUCUCGCCCCCUCUUGCACCAUGAGUCAGGCAAUGCCUACACGAAGGCAUUCAGGAGAUUGUCAGUUCUUCUGGAGGAGAGGGGUGAUGCAUAUGCCAAUGCCAACGCCAAAGUUUGUUUAGGAGGUCUUGCAGCCGAACUGGGCUUUUCAGAUGUUUGUAAUCUUACACCUGCAGAUAUUGCUAUAGAGGCACUUGUACAGAUUCAGCACUUCCUAGAACAGGAGGAUGGUUAUUCUAAAAGUUAAGAUUGCAAAUGUUGAAUAUCCAUUACUUUAAAGCUAAGCCCUCUCUUUUUCAAGAAGCAUGGAAUGCAUUGCUUCUGCUCUUGUUCAUUGUAUAAUUAUAUGAUGGUAAGUGCUUUUUCGAACUUUGAUGAUCUUGUUGGUGUGAAUAAAACCCUUUUGAACUGUCAAUGCUAGAGAAAGUGUAUGUAUGAAAUUUUUGAGGUCAACAAAACUUGUGUAUACAUAUUGCAGUUGCAAGUUGUAAUUUAUAUCUUGUUGUUCCAUCAAA